CUCAAAGAGCCCGCCGGCAGCCAGGGCGCUGCACUCAUGCCCAAACGGGAUUCAUUCCUUCAAUCUCUGAUCAUCUGAAAUAGACCAGCCCGUGUUACAGCUGCGUGAAGCUACUGGAAGAUUUCCACGUAAAACCGGAAGCCAGGAUGACUUCCACAUUGACAGAUGACCUCAUGGAAGAGGAGGAGGAAGAUGAAGAGAGUUGCUUUAACCCUACGGAGGUGAAAAUGAGUCAGAUAGUCAUGCCCUGCCACUGUAACCAUCGGCAGGAGCUGAGUGUGGGGCAGCUGCUUAAAUGGAUGGACUCCACUGCCUGCCUCUCAGCUGAGAGGCAUGCUGGAAGUCUCUGUGUCACCGCCUCUAUGGAUGACAUCCACUUCGAACACACCAUCAGCGUGGGUCAAGUGGUGAACAUCAGGGCAAAGGUCAACAGAGCCUUUAACACCAGUAUGGAGGUGGGUAUCCACGUGAGCUGUGAAGACCUGUUCUCUGAUCGCCACUGGAGGGUGUGCCAUUCCUACGCCACGUUUGUGACCCAGCGAACAAACACUGGACAAAAGGUGACGCUGAGGCCCGUUGUUCCUCAGAGUCAGCAGGAGCACGUGGAAUACAGCGUGGCAGCUGAGCGAAGACGGGUCCGGAUGCUGCACAGUGACAUCAUCAAAGAACUCCUCUCCAGUGGCUCUGUAGAGCAGGCUGACAGCUCUGCAGUGUGCAGCGGGAUGGCAGCAGAGAAGACCAGGGUGGAGAGCGUUGAACUGGUUCUACCUCCACAUGCAAACCACCAGGUGAAUACGUUUGGGGGACAGAUCAUGGCCUGGAUGGUGAAUGUAGCAACAAUUGCUGCCAGUCGUUUGUGUCAGGCUCAUCCAACUCUUAGGACCAUUGACAUGUUCACCUUCAGAGGACCCUCUCAGGUUGGAGACAGACUGCUGCUGAGGGCCAUAGUCAACAAUGCCUUCAAAAACAGCCUGGAGGUGGGGGUACGAGCAGAAGCCUACCAAGAGGAGGGGCCUAACCGGCACAUAAACUCAGCCUUCAUGAUUUUUGAGGUUCUUGACGAUGGUGGGAAGCCGUCUCCUCUUCCACGGAUACGACCAGAACCCGUGGAAGGUGAAAGAAGAUGCCAAGAAGCAAUAGCCAGGAAAAAAAUCCGACUGGACAGGAAGUACAUCGUUUCUCGCAAACAGAGCGAGGUUCCUCUGUCUGUUCCCUGGGAGCCCAGGAACCAGGUGUACCUCAGCUAUAACAACGUAUCAGCCCUGAAGAUGCUGGCAGCCAAGAAGAACUGGCGCCUCAGCACUGAGAAAGAUAAGGUUCGUCUGUACACCCUGGAGCAAAAGUCCAUGUUGAGUUUCAGGGUGGAAGCAGAGGUGGAUGUUCCUGCUCACAGAGCCUUUUGUCUGCUUGCUGAGCUAAGCAACAGAACAAGUUGGGACACACAUUAUAAGAAAUGUGAGCUGAUUCACCGUGUCGACGAUGACGACUUUAUUUACCGGGUGGUGACACCAUCAGUGCAUCAAGGUGCCGUUGGGUCCCCCACCUCAUCCAGUCAGGGAGACAGGAUUCUCCAGGAUUUCAUCCUUUUGGCCUCUAAAAGGAAGCCAUGUGGCCAAGGAGAUCCUUAUGUCAUUGCUCUUCGCUCAGUGUCCCUUUCCACCCAUCCUCCCUUUGAAGGAUAUAACAGAGGAGAGGUUCUGUGUGCUGGGUUUACCAUACUGGAGACAAAUAACAACAUGUCAUUGGUCAGUUACUAUAACCAGGCAUCCCCAGAGGUCCUCCCUUACAUCUCCACAGACAUUGCAGGUCUCUCUUCUUCUUUCUAUCACACCUUCUGCUCCUGCAGCCAGUACCUGAGCAGAAACAGACUGCAGCCUGCCGCUGAGGGGCUCGCUGGCACAAAUGAAGCCACAGAAACCAACAGUCCCACCCAUUUGCUGUCAGAGGCACUGCACAGCACCAAACUGUAGACAGCAUGGAGACAUUCAUGGCCAGUGCAUUGGUAUGGUGCUUAACACAUGGUACAUAGUCAAACGUUGCUUUUGUUGGUCUUUUCUGUAAACAGCUUGUUUUUUAUGUGUUUCAAAUAAACAACUGAAACUUUUGUAAAACUACAAAUAGGCCUACAUGGCAACAGAAGUAGGAUUACCACAUCACAUCUGCAUCCCUCUUCCAACCAAGCAUCCAAUUUUACAUUUUGCCUGUGAACACAUAAUGCUCUGUGUAAACACUGAGGAGAUUCAAAUGACAAAAACAAAACUGUUUGACAUGAUAAGCUGUUGACUUUGGUUGGAAAUUGACUUUGUUCUUUUGUUGACUUAUGUUCCAAAAAUAUGUCCAUGUCUGAUAAAUUACACGUCCAAGGACAGAGGAUGCUUGCUUUAUAGGAAUUUUUUUUUUGGUUUUUUUUGCUGUUUUCUUGUUUUAAGCAUUUUGGAGUAGUGUCUAGAGAACAAGAAGAAUUUGUAGCAAUCCUUAAUUGUUUUUCGUAUCUGCCUAUGAUGCUGUUUCUGAUAUAAUGCAUGAUAAUCUCCAACACUUCUAAAGAUAUAGCUUAAUAUUGAUAAUGUGUCUCAAAGAAGUAUACAACUUCUGUGGUUGUUGGAAAUUCAUCAACUCUGCUCAUCUCAGAGAGUUUUCUACUUUGAAUAAAGCUAUCCAACUGA